AUGGUAGUAGGCUUUGCAAUUGGACAAGCUACAUCCGGAGUUCUCAAUGGACAAUACUACUUAUGUCUUCCUGUUGAAACGAUCUGUCCUACAAAUUCUGGAGCUGGUACAAUUGAUCCAAGAAUUGUAACACCAACAUCCUCUUCAGUAUGUCCAAAUGGAACUAUACCUUGCUUCGGAACAAACACUGCAUGUGGAACACCAUUUAUAACCUCAAAUAUGGCAGGCCCAGGAAACACAAGCUUCGGAGCAUAUCCAUGGCAAGCUUAUUUGAGAAAUACUACCAAUGUAUUUGCAGGAAGCGGUGUCCUAAUCAGUCCAUAUUACGUAAUCACUGCAGCACAUAAAGUUUAUUUGAAUAUGAAUACUCCCACAGCUGUUACAGUUUUAAUGGGAGUUUGGGAUCCAUCAAAUCUUGUGAAUGUACAAAGUAGUACCGUAGCUAGAAUAUCUGUAUAUCCAACAUUCGUAGCAUCUACUCUAAUUGAUGAUAUAGCGGUUCUCCAGCUCACUCAACCUAUUGUAUUAGGUAUAUUCAACAAUAUCAAUACUAUAUGUUUAUCUACAACUGGAACAUCAUACGUUGGACAAUCAUGUGUCGUCAGUGGAUGGGGACAAACAGCAUUCACAAUAUUCGAUGCUCCCACUACUCCCCAAAAACAAGUUUUUGUUACCAUUACGGACUAUACAACCUGCAGAGCAUCUUUCGCCAUGGCAAAUUUAUUAGGAACUAACGUUGAUACGUACUUAGAUCCUAACGGGGAAAUUUGUGCAGGAGGACAAAGCAUGCUGGAUGCUUGUACGCAAGAUGGAGGAUCACCUCUGGUAUGUCCAAGUUCUACAGGUACUUAUAGUGUAGCUGGACUAGUCAUUUGGGGAAAAAAUUGUGGAUUAACAGGAGUUUAUGGAGUUUAUGUCAACGUUCCUUAUUAUUACGAUUGGAUUCGACAAGAAACUGUUGUAAAACAGAUACAUUGGAAUAUAUAUGAAGGAUAUAACAUCGAAGUAGACACAAAGUGGUACCAACAUAAGCCGGAACCAGUAGUUACCAAUCAGCCUGCUAUCACAGAUCUACAAGCUUUUUAUGAGAAUAAUAGCAAACCGCCUUGA